AUGAACAAACCUUUACGAGUUAAACAUCCAAUUUUAAGUAUCGCAAACAAUGCAUUAGUAGAUCUACCUGCUCCAAGAAAUAUUUCAUCUUGAUGAAAUUUUGGAUCAUUAUUAGGUCUAUGUUUAAUUAUUCAAAUUUUAACAGGACUAUUCCUUGCAAUACAUUAUACAGCAGAUAUUAAUUUAGCUUUUAAUAGAGUAAACCAUAUCUGUCGAGAUGUAAACUAUGGUUGAUUAUUACGAACUCUACACGCUAAUGGUGCAUCAUUUUUCUUUAUUUGCAUUUAUUUACAUGUAGGACGAGGAAUCUACUAUGGUUCAUAUUUAUAUACACCUACAUGACUAGUAGGAGUUUUAAUUUUAUUUUUAGUAAUAGGAACUGCUUUUAUAGGUUACGUACUUCCAUGAGGACAAAUAUCUUUUUGAGGAGCUACUGUUAUUACUAAUUUAUUAUCUGCUAUUCCUUAUUUAGGAAUUGAUUUAGUACAAUGGGUAUGAGGUGGAUUUGCUGUUGAUAAUGCUACAUUAACACGAUUCUUCACAUUCCAUUUUAUUUUACCAUUUAUUGUAUUAGCUAUAACAAUAAUUCAUUUAUUAUUUUUACAUGAAACAGGAUCUAAUAAUCCUAUUGGGUUAAAUUCUAAUAUUGAUAAAAUUCCAUUCCAUCCAUAUUUUACUUAUAAGGAUAUUGUUGGAUUUAUUAUUAUAACAAUAAUUUUAAUUUUAUUAGUAUUAAUUAAUCCUUACUUAUUAGGAGACCCCGAUAAUUUUAUCCCCGCAAAUCCACUUGUUACACCCGUUCAUAUUCAACCUGAAUGAUACUUCUUGUUUGCUUACGCAAUCCUGCGAUCCAUCCCCAAUAAAUUGGGAGGAGUAAUUGCCCUAGUUAUAUCAAUUGCAAUUCUUUUUAUUUUACCAUUUUAUCAUCUCAGAAAAUUUCGUGGAAUCCAAUUUUAUCCAAUUAAUCAAAUUCUAUUUUGAUUCAUGACUAUUACAGUAAUUUUAUUAACCUGAAUUGGAGCUCGACCUGUAGAAGCACCUUAUGUUUUAGUAGGACAAAUUUUAACAGUAGUUUAUUUUUCAUACUUUUUAUUUAAUCCACUAGUAACAAAAUGA